AUGCCAGGCCACUACAACAAGCGCGGCGGAGGACGCAACUUUGUAAGCACAACCCUGCUGCAAGUCUCUCUGGUAAUGCACGCUAACGACGUAAUGUAUCAGAGACCACCAAAGCCCACGGUCGAGGAGCGCGUGGAGCAGAAGAGAAAAGACUUUCAAAAAGCGCAGGCGGAGCUCCUGCAGGCCGAAGAGCUUCACUGGGCGCGCGCCCAUUCCUUGGAGCUCCUGACGGCGAUGCCCGAUGGGCUCGACAAGGAGGCCUUCAAGCGCAUGCUCCGCGCCUUCCAAACCUUCCCAAAAGACAAGCCGGAGCUUGUCGCUGCCGAGGGCCCGACCGUGACCGACGAGACGCCCGCCGCCGCCACGACCGACAACAUCGAGUAA